GAUUGGAUUUCUAACAAAUCUAUGUAUAUAGCAAUGGAAUAUUGUAUAAUGAGUCUGAAUGAUGCCAUCAAAUUAAAAGCACAGGUAUUUGAUAGACAUCAGUCAUCAGAUGAACAACUCAUGGAUUGUAUGGAGUAUUAUAUUACGUGUGAAUUAUUGUUAGAAAUAUUAGAAUCUGUACGAUAUUUACAUGAAGAUUGCAAACCACCGAUCAUUCACAGGGAUCUCAAACCACAUAACAUAUUGAUUGCCGACGAUAUCCGAAACGGACGGUUCAUUAAGUUAUGUGAUUUAGGAUUAAUAACAGUUCACGAAAAGCUAUCGCAAAGUCAUACAAUAGGUGUGGGAACAACAAAAUAUAUGGCACCGGAAGUAGAAAAAGGUCGUAAAUAUAAUACCAAAGCUGAUGUCUAUAGUAUUAGUGCUAUUAUUGAAGAUUUGUUCGAUACGGAUGUCAAUGAUAAUUCUAAUAAAUAUAUGGAAACCGUUUGGAAUGAUAAAUAUGUUAGACUAUUGAGAAUUAUUAACGAAACAAUGAAACCUAUAUAUGAAGAGAGACCUACUUGUGCUCAAAUCAUUGCAAAAUAUAAGGAAUGGGCUAUCGAUAUGACUGUUGUUACUAAUGAUAAAAUAAUGUUUAAUGAAAAACUACAUCAAAUUAGACAAAGAGAACGUGAACUUCGGUCAGUGGACAGGGAUUCAGAGCCAGAAUUUUGGGAAAUUUUCUAUACAUUUGUUUGCAUCAAAACUAACUGUUUGAAUAUUACGUUUUAAAU